GUCCUAUUUAAAUUUCAAAAUGCUGAAGGAGUAGUUUCCUAAUAGAUCAACUUUAGACAAGUCGGGUUGCAGCCUUGCCGUUUCUAUUUUCAUUGUUUCUCAUUUUUCUUAUUAUCUUGGCUGUCGUGUUUUGCUCGGAUGCGGGAUCCGGCAUCAUCCUCGGCAGAAUGUGGUCAAAUUCCUCGGUUUCGUCUUCAUUGCAGCCGGGAGACUCUUCAGACGUCGACGCCUCGGCGGAGCGCCGCCUUCGUGAGGCGGAGGAUCGCCUCAGGGAGGCCAUAGAGGAAUUGCAGCGUCGACAGUGUCGCGAGCAAGGUCUCCACCGGCCCUGCGACCACGCUGAAGAAUCAUGCGUCGCCAAUGCCAUAGGUAACCUUUGCCAGAGCUUCCUUCUAUCUUACGGAGUUCGUGUUGGCAUCGGGAUUCUCCUCCGCGCUUUCAAGCUCGCUCGCCGCCAGUCGUAUUCAUCUCUCCUUGACCUCAAGCAACUCGUCUCAGAGAAAGAUCUGAUUGUUAGAGAGGAAGCAUGUCGUAUUGGCUUACUCUUUGGGGGUUUUACUGGUUCCUAUCAUGCUCUAAGGUGUUUGCUGAGAAAGCUGAGAAAGAAAGAAACACCCCUAAAUGCAAUUUUUGCAGGUUCGGUGGCAGGUUUGUCCAUCUUAGCACUUGAUGAUUCCAGCAGGAGACGUACACUUGCUUUGUAUCUUCUAGCAAGGGUAGCGCAGUGUGCAUAUAACUCUGCUAAAUCGAAGAACAAAUUUCACCUCUGGGGAAGCCAUUGGAGUCACGGAGAUUCUUUGCUGUUUUCAUUAGCUUGUGCCCAGGUUAUGUAUGCUUUUAUUAUGCGCCCUGAAAGCCUGCCAAAAUCAUAUCAAGAAUUUAUUCAGAAAACUGGCCCGGUUGCAGCACCAGUAUACAAGGCCGUUAAGGAUUGUUGCAGAGGCUCGCCUGUAGAUGUUGAGUCACUGACUGCUUAUCUCUCCCAGAGAAGGGUUUCCAACAAUGUCAAGCUGGAAGAAUUCCCUUCUAUUAUUCCAUGCUCUUUGAUUCAUCCUGGCAACAAUUCAUGUUUGGCGCACAAUGCUAAUGCAACAGCAGCAACUUUUCGAAAAACCUUUCCUCUCUACUUCUCAUUGACUUUUGUACCAUUUGUAGUUCUGCGCUUGCAGAAGUUUAUGGCCGCCCCUGUUCGCACCUGUUGGCUUGCUCUUACUGGAGCAGUCCGUUCAACAACUUUUUUGUCGUCUUUUGUCGGUCUGUUUCAGGCAGUCAUAUGCUUGCAUAGAAAGAUUGCAACCAAGGACCACAAGGUAGUGUAUUGGGUUGCAGGAGCAGCAUCUGGCCUGUCUGUACUGUUAGAGAAGAAAGCAAGACGUUCAGAACUUGCUUUAUAUGUUCUUCCACGAGCUGGGGAAUCUUUAUGGUAUAUUCUCGUGAAUCGCCGUUUGAUCCCUGAUUUCAAGAACGCUGAGGUGGCAUUGUUCUGUGCAUGCAUGGGAGGGAUCAUGUACUACCUAGAGCAUGAGCCGGACACCAUGGCACCAUUCCUAAGGGGUCUGAUUCGCCGCUUUCUGGCCAGCAAAAUCAGCAAUCCUACAACCUCAUCCAACAGGAAUGCCUCUCAUCCAUAUCUUCAAGCUCUCGAUGUUGUCUUGAAGAAACCCAAGGACAAUCAAGACGGCAAAACUCCAACUGCAGAAAAGUAUAACCUUGAAUCCAUACAGGGGCUAUGAGCUAUAUAUAUGUUCACUUGCCCCUUGCAGAGUCACAUUUCUAUUCCUUUAUAUUCCCAUCAUGCGGCAGCAGAUACGAUGGAAUUUGACAUUUUGACACACACACUUACUAGCUUAAGUUAACUAAAAAAAAGAUUUGCUGAUAGAGGUAUUGUGCAUCAAGUAUUGUCUGGUUGAAUGCUUGUAUUGAUAAUAUCAUAUACUGUUAUGUUUGGCG